AGCAAUAUAGCAGACAUUUCACAUUGGUGAGGGUUUAAGCACAGCCAUGAAAGAACCCAUCGAAAACCUCUGGCAAGAAGUUCGAGAUCUAAGCCUAGGCUCCAGCACCCAUAUCGACCAACUCUCUUCCCCACCCACCCCCCUCCAAUUCCUCCGCGACUACGUCUCCCCCAACAAACCCUGCCUCAUUUCCAACGCCAUAAACCACUGGCCAGCCACCACUCUCUGGCAUUCCACCCCUUAUCUCCUCAAUACUCUCUCUUAUUCCUCCGUUUCCCUUCAUCUCACCCCUACAGGCAAAGCUGAUGCACUUACCCCACACCCCACUACUUCCACUACUUGCUUCGCCUCUGCUGAAGUUCAACGUAUCCCUUUUCCUGAUGCUUUGACGCGGGUCUUAGAAUCGGACCCGAAUUGUGUGGGUUAUCUGCAGCAGCAAAAUGAUUGUUUUCGUAGUGAGUAUGGGCCUUUGAGUCACGAUUGUGAUCCGGAUUUUACUUGGGCUUCUGAGGCUCUUGGGUGUUUGCCUGAAGCUGUGAACCUUUGGAUUGGCAAUGAUUUGUCUGAAACUUCAUUUCAUAAGGAUCAUUAUGAGAACAUAUAUGCUGUUGUUUCUGGGGAGAAGCAUUUUUUGCUUCUUCCUCCUACUGAUGUUCACAGGAUGUAUAUUUGUCCGUAUCCUGCUGCCAAUUACCGCUACUCCCAGGAUACCGGGGAAUUCUCUUUGGAACUGGAGGAACCAGUGAGGUAUGUGCCAUGGUGCAGUGUUAAUCCAUACCCUUCACCUGAGUUGAAGGAGAAGAAAAAGGCCAAGUUUCCCUUAUAUUUUGAUGGACCAAGACCAUUUGAAGUUACAGUCAAGGCGGGCGAGAUUCUUUACUUUGUUGUGAAGAGCAUGAAGCGAGGAAAAGCGAUAAGCCCCUUUUCGCUUAAAGCGAGAAGCGAAAGCACUCGGUUUUUUGAAGUGAAGCGGAAUUUUAAAAAAAAUUAAAAAUAAAUACUGCAUAGACAACACAUGUAACUGUAAGCAAAUGUUCAAUACUUCAAUGUAAAAACUAAAGAGUAUCAUCAAUUGAAGCACAAAAUGAGCAUCAUAUUCUUCUACAAGAUUGUCAAAUUCUUGUAUUCCACUAUCAGUAUUAUAUUGCUCGUCAUCUUCUUCUACUUCUUCUUCUUCAUCAACUAGGGACAAAGUAGCUGCUUCUUUUCCCUUCCUCUGUGAGCUUGAAGUUGAAGUACUCCCCCACAAACCAUAAAUCCUCUCCCCAAUUUCACGUGCCUCCGCAACAUCACCCCAAGUGAAAUUACAAGUUCCUCAAAUACUUCUUCAUCUGCAUGAUCUUUCAGGACUGUAUGAUCUUUCGGAACUCUAGUUAGCCAUUCAUUAGCAUCAUCGAUGUUGUCCAAACUAAUUGGAUCAAUUAUAUUGCGAGUGUUGUAACGACGCCUCAAUGUUCAUUGUACUUAAUGAAGACUAGAUCAUUGAGACGCUUCAAGGUUAGUUUGUUCCUCUUUUUGGUAUGAAUUUGCAAAUAAUAAAUCAUUACUAAGAUUAGGACAAUUGAGAUAUAAUUUAAUUAUCUCAAUAUACUAAAUCUUUCUUCUUAGUUCUUACAUGUUCAAACACGCUUCAACUCCUUUCACACCCGGAUGAGCUACAUGUUAGACUUGGAUCUUUGAUGGCAAACUUUUGUAAUUUUGGAGUGGAAUGGUUGUAUUGCUUCCACCAUUCAACUGAAGAAGUAGAAUAAAUAUUCAAAACAUAAUAUUUAUAAAGAAAUAACUUAUUAACUAUAAAGCAAGAUAUAAGCACUCGCUCACCUGAAGACUUCAUCUUUCUUUGUCUAAUAGCCAUGUUUUUUCCAAAAAGUUGCUCAACAUUCCUAUAAGUACUAAAUUGCUAUGUUACUUUAUCUUGCACGGAUUCUUGUAUCAACUUCUCAAUACAUUCAAUGUCUUCAUUCCACAAUUCUUCAUCUCCUAUAAUCCUCUCUUCAUUGUCAUAAAACAGUUCCGGGUUCAAAACAAGUCCAACUGCAUGCAAAGGGCGAUGAAUUUAUUAUGUCCAUCUUUUAUCUAUGAUCUCAAAGACGCUUUUAUAUUUUUUUUAAUCACUAAAAUAGUCUCGAAUAGCCUCCUUGCCCUAUCCAUUGCUUCGUAAAGGUAGCCAUUGGUGGUCUUUGCUCCCCAUCCACCAAACGAAGAACUUUAACUAAAGGACCACCAAUCUUCAAUGCAUGAACCACAUUAUUCCAGAAUGCAGUAGAAAGCAUAACAUCUGCAGAUUCUCUCCCUCGAUCUUCCCUUACAUAAGCACUGUUAGUGUACUCAUCUGAAACAAACAACUUCUUCAAAUUGCUAUUUUGCUCAUACAUCCUAUGCAAAGUCAAGAAAGCGGUAGCAAAUCUUGUCUUUGCAGGUUUCACCAAGCUUCUUUGUUUAGUGAAUCUCUUCAUCAAAUUCAAUAGCAAAGGCCUUUGAACAAUAUAGGAAUGCACUCUAAUUACCUGAUUAAAGACUGAACUGAAGAGUCUUUCCUUCAAAAUGUCACCGAAGAUCAAAUUAAUGCAAUGUGCUGCACACGGAGUCCAAUAAAUAUGCGUGUACGCUACCGACAUCAAAUCACCAGCUUUAACAUUUUCGCUGGCGUUGUCCGUAACAACUUAAACAACAUUUUCUGCUCCAAUAGAGUCUAUUGUACUCUUGAACUAGGAGUACAUUUUGGUUGAAUCAGUAGAAGAGUUGCUUGCAACAACGGACUGAAGAAAUAAGCUUCCUUAGGAGAAUUCACCAGAUAUUGAUGAUCAUUUUUCCAUUUCUUGUCGUCUACUUAUCCAUCAUAAUGAAAAAACCAAACUAGUUCCAUUCUGCUUUGUGCUCCUCCACGAUUUUGCUAGUCUCUUCCACCUCUUUUUUUUUAGAUAUGGACCUCUAGUUUCAUGAUAAGUUGGAGGUUUUAUUCCUGGACCAUAUUGGCCUACGACCUCAAUAAAGUCUUCAAAAGUUAAAGCUUCUGCACGAUGGGUCUGUGAUGCUGGGCUCCUCUUCAAUUGUGUCAACUAUACUGACACUUUUGGAGACUUUAUUGAUGCUGUUAGUCAAUAUGGACCUGGAAUAAAGCCUCCCACUUAUCAUAAAAUCAGAGGUCCUUAUCUAAAUAAAGAAGUGGAGGAGACCAAUAAAAUUGUAGAGGAACAUAAAGUUGUGUGGAACAAAUAUGGAUGUUCCAUUAUGAUGGAUAAGUCGACCGCAAGAACUAGAAAAAUGAUUAUUAAUGUGUUGGUGAAUUCUCCCAAGGGAAGUUUGUUUCUUAAGUCGAUUGAUGCUAGCGACGCGUCCACUGACCACAUCAAGAUGUUCACCUUGUUUCAGAACACCAUUGAAAAGAUUGUCCCAAGCAAUGUUGUUCAAGUGGUCACUGAUUAUGCGAGUGGAAAAUGUUAAAGCUGGUGGUAUGGUGCGAGGAGCAUACCCGAAUGUCUAUUGGACUCCAUGUGCGGUUCAUUGUAUCAACUUAAUGUUCGGGGACAUUUUCAUGGAAAAAUCAUUUUCUACAGCUUUUGGCCAGGGCGUUAGGAUACAUUCUUAUAUUGCUCAGCGGCCCUUGUUAUUGAAUAUGAUGAGAAGAUUCACCAAGCAAAAAAUUUUGGUGAAACCGGGCAAGACAAGGUUCGCCACUGCUUUCUUGACUUUGCAUAAUAUCCACUUGCAAAAAGCCAAUUUGAGAAAGUUGUUCAUUUCAGAGGAAUGGAACAAGAGUAAAUUUGCAAAGGA